UUAUUGCUUGGGUCGUGCGUAGGAGUGAACUCACAGUUUAGUGCUGACUAUGGUUUACAGAACAUCUGCCAGUAAUACCGUUGUAGCCUGCUAGAGCGCAGCUGUCACCAUUACUGCUUAAUCCGCGCUGGCUUGCAGCAAAAAGCAUAUUGAGCAAGGCAAACAACUCAGCAGCGCUGAACCCCUUGCGCCCUGACCAUCGAUUCAGAACGGUCAGAGGUGGACAUUGCCCAAAAUUGUUCGAACACAAUUGGGGCAUGCACAGAGAGGAUACGCUAUUUGGAACAUGUUACUGGGAAAAUUGGUAGUUGUUAUCUUGGCACUCCUGACGGGAUCCAGCUUUGUUGUGGCAUAUGUCUUUCAAGCAAGUCGACCAGGAGAGGAUAGUGGACCUCCGCCACAAACCAAAACUAUCUCGGACUCCCUGUGGCUCAGCACAGAAGGAUCAUGUAAGGGCAGAUGUUUUGAACUGGAGGAGGCUCUACCACCAGGUUGCAGAUGUGACAACUUGUGCAAAACCUACUAUAGCUGUUGCUCGGAUUUUGAUGACCACUGUUUGAAAACAGCUGGGGGUUUUGAGUGCCGCGAAGAUCGCUGCGGGGAGACGAGGAACGAUAACCAUGCCUGCCACUGCUCGGACGACUGUCUGGAGAAAGGGGACUGCUGUACCAACUACAAAUCCCUCUGCAAAGGAGAGUCUAAAUGGAUGGACGGUGAUUGCGAGGACAUCACAGGCCCAGAGUGUCCUGCAGGCUUUAUUCGCCCUCCUCUGAUCAUGAUGUCAGUUGACGGGUUUCGGGCCUCCUACAUGAAGAAGGGCAAGGCGGUGAUUCCCAACAUGGAGAAACUGAGAACAUGUGGCACUCAUGCACCCUACAUGCGACCAAUUUACCCCUCCAAAACCUUCCCCAACUUAUACACUCUUGCCACGGGCCUUUAUCCUGAGUCUCAUGGAAUAGUGGGCAACUCCAUGCAUGACCCGGUGUUUGACGCCAACUUCAACCUGAGGGGGAGGGAGAAACUGAACCACCGCUGGUGGGGCGGACAACCUAUCUGGAUCACUGCCGAGAAGCAAGGGGUGAAAGCAGGCACCUUCUUCUGGCCAUGGGUAAUUCCAUUGGAGAGGAGAAUACUGACCAUCCUGCGCUGGUUAAGUCUUCCUGAUGAUGAAAGGCCCUAUGUGUAUGCUGUCCACUCAGAGCAGCCUGACACAUUCGGACACAGACUGGGCCCCUUCAGCAGUGAGUUGGAUAACCCCCUGAGGGAGAUUGACAACGUCGUUGGUCAGCUGAUGAACGGUCUGAAGCAGAUGAACCUUCAUCGGUGUGUCAACAUCAUUGUCGUUGGAGACCAUGGAAUGGAGGAGGCCCAUUGUGAUAGAACUGAGUUCCUCAGCAACUAUCCUUUAAAUGUGGAUGAGAUUAGUCUGAUCCCUGGAUCUCUUGGAAGAAUCCGGGCUCGUGAUCCUAAAUCUACCACUUAUGACCCAAAAGUAGUGGUUGCAAAUCUCACAUGUAAAAUGCCAACCCAGCACUUUAAGCCGUACUUGAAACAACACCUCCCGAAACGGCUUCAUUAUGCCAACAACCGCAGAAUUGAAGAUGUCCACUUACUCAUGGAGAGAAAGUGGCACAUUGCUAGGAAAGUGCCUGAGAACAGGAGGCAUCCUGGGAGAUGUGGUUUCUUUGGUGACCAUGGAUUUGACAAUAAGAUCACCAGUAUGCAGACAAUCUUUUUGGGCUACGGACCAAGCUUUAUGUCCAGGAAAAAAGUGCCCGAAUUUGAAAAUAUUGAGUUGUACAACGUCAUGUGCGACCUCCUGGGCUUGACCCCUGCCCCUAACAAUGGAACCCAUGGCAGUCUGAAUGACAUGCUGAAAGCCCCUCCUUUCACACCCACCAUGCCAGAGGAAGUGACCACGCCCACCCCCUCUAAUCCCAUCUCUUCCACGACAUAUGACCUGAGAUGUAGCUGUGACAGUGAGAACAAAGUGGAGGAGAACAUUCAAAUACACAGCUUGACAGCAGAUGGUAAACAAAAUGAAAGCAUGGAUUGCUAUCUUACCUUGUCCCUAAACUGCUCACAGGCAUUGCUACAUGUUCCAAAAAUGCUAGCCAGGGGAUUCUGGACGUUACUAUUGAACCAGCUAGCGAACUUAGAACUUUGGAUAAAACAACAACACUCAGAUGCCACACACCUCCCCUUUGGUCGACCAGCGGUUUUGUUUCAAACUACGUACAGCCUCCUCCACCACAGUGACUUCAUCAGUGGAUACAGCCAAGAGCUCUCAAUGCCGCUAUGGACGUCAUUCACAGUUGCCAAACAAGAAGAGGUCACCCCCGUCCCUGUGCCUGAGCCGGUGAGUGAGUGUGUUAGGGCAGACACGCGUGUCCUUCCUGAACAUAGCCAGGCUUGCACCAGCUACAGCCAGGACACAGACGUCUCCUAUGGCUUCCUCUAUCCUCCAGAGUUGGCCAUGUCUAUUGAGUCCAAAUAUGAAGCGUCCCUGAUCACGAACACGGUUCCCAUGUAUCCUGCAUUCAAGAAAGUAUGGAGCUACCUGCAGGGUGUUCUUCUCAAGCGCUACGCACAGGAGAAUAAUGGCAUCAACGUGGCCACCGGCCCAAUCUUCGACCACAACUACGAUGGCCUCCGAGACAACAUAGAGCAGAUCAAAGAGUACGUGGGAAACUCGGCGCCGAUUCCCAGCCACUACUACGUAGUGGUCACCAGCUGUAAGGAGGUCAACCAGACAGCCGACGAGUGCGACGGGCCCCUCAGGGUCUUCUCCUUCCUCCUACCACACCGCUCGGACAAUGAUGAGAGCUGCAAGAGCUCAGAGGACGCAUCGCAGUGGGUGGAGGAGCUGCUGCAUCUGCACACAGCACGGGUCAGAGAUGUGGAGAUCCUCACAGGCCUGGAUCUGUACCGCUCCACCACCAUGAACUACACCCAGACUCUCUCCCUCAAGACCUACCUGCACACCUUUGAGAGUGACACCUAGAGCAGACACAGACUCCUUUUCCCUCUAUUCCCAAUCCUCUUACUGUGUUUCAUUUCCCCUCUCUGUCCCUCCCCUCUCUCACUCCCUCUCUCUUUCCCUGGUACAUCUCUGAUCCUUAGGUGUAUAUUUUUAUAAAAUGUUUCAUAUUUAUUAUGUAGAGGAUAAUACUACUGCCUCUUAGUCACAUUAAUCCAGAGAUCUCUUCUAUUGGAAUUUGUUGGGUGUGGUUUUGAAGGCAUGUCAUGAUUGGACGGUUGGUUAGGGGAACCUAUGGAAUCAGUUGGAAAUGGACAGUUUAGGCUGCAGGGACACCAAUGACCAAUGAAUUUCCGUAACACUUUAUUGGUGACACAAUGCGCUGUUCCAGUUAUCUAAUAGGCUAGUGUUGUGCAAUGGUGUUCAUGGGUGUUAUAUGUGCUAGGUUAGUUGUUAUAGCUGUUAUAACUGUAUAAUAACAUAACUUGUAACAACUGAUAUAUGAUGUUUAUAACUGUUAUGUAGGCCUUAUGACUGAUGUAUACAAAAACUAUUACUGAUGAUGGCCCUGCUCGCAGCACUCUCAAAUCAGUCAAAUGUAUACCGAUUCAGCAUUUUCAUUUCACUUAAUUACAACCCUAACGGAUAGACUUAUGUUGAUGGUAUCUGGUAAUUUUUUCCCUUCUAAAUUAUGUAUUAUUAAAAUGUGGCAAAAUAGGUCUGAUCUAAAUAAAUAAUGUUGCAGAUGACAA